CCGCCAUCAAGACGGACAUCACCAAGCUGCAGACGAGACCGGACGCCGCUACAAAGACUUACAAGAUGCCACACUUCGACAUCAGCAAGUUUGACGACUACAACAAGUCGGACGCCUUGACAUGAUGGCAACGUUUCCUCACGGAAGCAUCAUGCCGCACUGUCCCGGCAGACGACACGAUGAAGGCACUCUACUUGCAACUAAUUGGAGGAGCGCAGGCUUGGAUGAACCAUCUGGCGGCUACCAACAAAUGCACCAUCGCCGACCUCCACACGCACACCACGUGGAAUGAGUUCGAGAAGCUAUGGUUCACCCGGUUCAUGGUCCGCAACGUCGUGAAGGCGGCCAUGAACGAGGUGUACACCUGCUCUCAAGGAAAUAUGCCAACUCGAGACUGGACAACCAAGUGGCAGAAGAUAGUGACCACACCAGGAUUCGAUUUGAGUUUUCCAAAUCAACGAUCCGAGUUCUUCUCGCGAUCGUGCGCGGGACUGCGGUCGGCACUCGGCAACGAGUACGACUAUGACACGUUCCAGGCCAUUCUAGAUCGUGCGAACUUAGUCAUCCAAACGGAUGACAAGGCCGCAAACGAACGGCAGUCCCAGCCGCAUUAUGUGGCUAAGCAGGGCUAUCAACGUCCGGCACAUAACAAUGUCGUGAUUUUUGAAGAAACAGACGAUCUCCACGCUGCAGCAGCAUCCUCGAGUGAUGGAGGAAUUGUAGCAGCGCUCCCGCCGAAGCGUCCCAAGAGAGUUCGGAAGAACAAGGCGACACAAGAGACRGCAUCGACGGGAACUGGGCAGCAGCCAUGGACGGCUUACAAGAUAACCAAGGAUGUCUAUGACCUUCGUCAAAAGUAYGGAUACUGCCUCUGGUGCAAYGRCGUCACUCAUGUGACCGCACAAUGCCCCGAAAAGGGCAAGGCACGCGUACCCCGUCUUGGCCCGCGCGUUCGAAGGAAGACGCAACCUACGCAAGUUACACUCGCGGACGGCCGCACGCAAAAGUCAAUUGACCGAUGCGUUGAUGGCGUUCUGAUCUACUUUGCGCCACUUGCGUGCGAGCCGGUGUCUUUUGACAUCCUCGACACCAAGUUCGACAUGAUUCUAGGCAUGUCUUGGUUGCGUAGCGCCGAUCAUCCGGUGAACUUCCAUGACCGAACCGUUCACAUCCGUGAUCGGACCGGAGUAUUAGUCCCAUGUACGGUCGCGACCCCUCACACUUCGAUUGCUUGUCACGUGGUUUCCGUUGGAAGAAUUCGAGACGCCAUUGCUCGGAAUGACGUCGGGGAGAUGGGCCUUGUAUUCUUGCAUGCUCUCCCCUCGCUGGACGGACCAGCCGCGUCACCGCCGGACCCACGCAUUUCUCACCUCUUGGACGAGUAUAGAGACGUCUUCGAGGCUCCCACCGGAACGGUUCCGGAUCGGCCCAUACGUCACGGGAUCAUUCUCGAGGCUGGCGCCGUCCCUCCGCGUGGAUGUAUCUACCGCAUGAGCGAAGAGGAACUCGAGGUGCUUCGCGCACAGCUCGAUGACCUUCUCGACAAGGGCUGGAUUCGCCCUAGUUGCUCGCCAUACGGUGCACCUGUUCUCUUCGUCCGGAAGAAGAGCAAAGACUUACGGUUAUGCAUCGACUAUCGGAAACUUAACGCACAAACCGUAAAGAACGUCGGCCCUCUCCCUCGGAUUGAUGAUCUCCUUGAGCGGUUAGGCGGCGCGACGUACUUCUCGAAGUUGGACUUGAAGUCAGGUUACCACCAGAUUGAAAUCCAGCCUCAAGACCGGUACAAGACCGCGUUCAAGACGAGGUACGGGCAUUUUGACUCGGCUCGGCACCCGCAGACGGAUGGCCAGAUGGAACGAGAGCACCAGACCGCUCAGAUGAUGUUGCGUACGCUCAUCCGUCCCGACCAGAAAGAUUGGGUUGACCGGCUUCCCGACAUCGAGUUCGCCUAUAACACUUCGGUGCACCCGGCGAUCUGCGUCACACCAUUCGAGUUACAUCAUGGUGGAGAGAAAGCACGGAUCUUUGCUGAUCUCCUUUUGCCACAGGCCGCCGACAUAGACGUCCCUUGCUCUCCCGCUUCCGUCCGGAAGUACCGGGACUUGCUGAUCAAAGCCCGCGCAAAUAUGCAAAAGGCUCAGAUCCGCAUGCAGCAGCAGGCUAACCGACGUCGACUUCCAUGUCCUUUCCGCGAGGGAGACCUUGUUUGGGUCCUCUCCGAGGAAUUUGCGCUCGAGCAGGAUGUUUCGCGCAAACUCCUUCCGAAAUGGUUCGGACCAUGGAGAGUCACUUCUGCCGUUGGAGACGAUCCCGCAGGUCCUUCCUUCGUGAUCAACAUUCCACCGCACCUGACAGUGCAUCGGGUCUUCCAUGCAUCGAAGCUGGCCAUCUACACACCACCUUCAGAUGACGAGUUUCCCAGACGACAAUCACAGGAUCCGCCCUCCAUGGACGGACAUCAGGAAGUGGACCGAGUCAUCACGCACCGCAAGUAUGGCAACAAGCCAAUGCAGUACAAAGUCACAUUCAAGCAAUGUGAGCCUGACGACACUCGGUGGAUCUCCAGUACAGAUUUGCAGACUUCUGCACCCCUUAUCUUCGCCGACUAUGAGAAGCGACGCCUUGCUAAGGACGCAGCUCGUCCCACCCGACCCAUCCUGGUAUCGGACAGACAACUCCGCCCUCGCAAGUAGCUCGGUCUUUUAAGAGGGGGAGUGUGUUACAUCUUCGUCGCCACACGGGUCCUACUGGACCCGACUUAGGGCUAGAGGGAC